GUUUUAAUAGAUGGUUUAAACCCUAUUUUUGUAUAAACCCUAGUCGUCACUACAAACUGUCCGAUAAUUGUGCGUGCGUGCGUGCGUGCUAGCUAAGGAGAUACGCCGUUGACCAUGGCUCACUUGCAGGUCACCACAUCUGCAGCAAAACCCCUUGUUCCUGUUCCAAAUCGGGAGUGUAAAUUAGGGGCUAAAUCAAGUGAGUUUGGUGGAGUGGCAUUUGUUCAUCAUAACACUAGGAAUCUUUCUCAGGCCUGUAAAAAUCAAGCAAUUCAAGCAGUUUUGGCCAGUGAUAAGGAAACAGAUGCAUCAAGUGGAACUAAAGAAAGGGGUCUUCGUGGCAAAUUGAACAAAGUUGUGUUAGCUUAUAGUGGUGGCUUGGAUACCUCCGUCAUUGUUCCUUGGCUAAGGGAGAAUUAUGGAUGUGAGGUUGUCUGCUUUACUGCAGAUGUUGGUCAAGGGAUAUCAGAAUUGGAAGGUCUGGAAGCAAAAGCUAAGGCUAGUGGUGCAUGUCAAUUGGUUGUGAAAGAUUUGACAGAAGAAUUUGUGAAAGAUUAUGUAUUCCCUUGUUUGAGAGCUGGAGCUGUAUACGAGAGAAAGUACUUAUUGGGAACUUCAAUGGCUCGACCCGUUAUUGCAAAGGCUAUGGUGGAUGUUGCAAAAGAAGUGGGAGCUGAUGCAGUUGCCCAUGGAUGCACAGGAAAGGGAAAUGAUCAGGUGCGUUUUGAGCUGACAUUUUUCGCUCUGAAUCCUGAUCUCCAAGUUGUGGCUCCUUGGAGAGAAUGGGACAUAACAGGGAGAGAAGAUGCAAUUGAAUAUGCCAAGAAACACAAUGUCCCUGUUCCAGUCACAAAGAAAUCCAUCUAUAGUAGAGACAGAAACCUAUGGCAUCUCAGUCACGAGGGAGACAUCUUGGAAGACCCCGCAAAUGAACCCAAGAAGGAUAUGUACAUGAUGUCUGUUGACCCCGAAGAUGCCCCUGACAAACCCGAGUACCUGGAGAUUGGAAUUGUCUCCGGAAUCCCCGUUUCCAUCAACGGAAUCGAACUUUCCCCCGCGACUCUCCUAUCCCAACUCAACGACAUCGGUGGUCGUCAUGGAAUCGGUCGAAUCGACAUGGUGGAGAACCGUUUGGUCGGAAUGAAAAGCCGUGGGGUCUACGAGACCCCCGGUGGGACCAUCUUAGCCGCAGCAUGUCGUGAACUUGAGUCCCUCACACUCGAUCGAGAAGCCAUCCAAUUCAAAGACAUCAUGGCCCUCAAAUACGCUGAGUUGGUGUAUGCGGGUCGGUGGUUCGACCCGCUCCGUGAGUCCAUGGAUGCGUUUAUGGAGAAUAUUACCAAAACGACCUCGGGCUCGGUGACACUUAAGUUGUAUAAAGGUUCAGUUAUUGUGGCUAGCAGGAAGAGUCCGUUUAGUUUGUAUAGAGAGGAUAUUUCUUCGUUUGAAAGUGGCCAGAUUUAUGAUCAGGCUGAUGCUGCUGGCUUUAUAAAGUUGUAUGGGCUGCCUAUGAGGGUCAGGGCCAUGCUUGAAAAGGAGCUUGGGAAAAAUUAAAAUCUAUUUCUUCUUGCUUUCUCUUUGUUGCUGAAUUAGAGAUUUUUGUGGGGAUUUAACAUUGAAUAAAUGUGUUUUGAAGCUUUUUGAUUUUGGGUUGAUUAUGCUAUAUUAUUGUUUUAGAAGAUUAUUUUAUUUGCGUA